UUACAUGCCAUCAAAAAAGUGAAAUUCUACAUCAGUUUAGUGUGUGGCGUCGAACAAGGAGAAGCGACCAGCGCUCUGCAUUUACAAAAAAACAUUCCGAAAAUGGUUAAAAUUCCGUAUCCAACAUACCAUCGAAGGGCUUGCAGCUCGGCCAUCAAAAUGUCGAAUUCUGUGGAACUUGAGAACGAGAAGAAUGAUCAGAAAACUGAUGUAAAUGAAAUAGAACAAAUGGAUUACUCAAUUAAGCAUCCCUUGCAAAACUCUUGGACCCUGUGGUACUAUGAAAAUGAUCGAACACAAACUUGGGAGAAGAAUCAAAAGGAAAUCGUUUCCUUUCAAACUGUAGAGGACUUUUGGAGUUUGUACAAUCAUGUUAAGCCAGCCAGCGAAUUGCGACAAGGUACUGACUAUUCUCUUUUCAAAAAAGGAAUAAGACCAAUGUGGGAAGAUGAAGCCAACAAGCGUGGUGGCAGAUGGUUGCUUAGCUUAGAAAAAAGACAGAGAAAUAAUGAACUAGAUAGAUAUUGGCUGGACAUUAUCUUGUGUUUGAUUGGUGAAGCUUUUGAGCAUUCUGAUGAUGUAUGUGGAGCUGUAGUCAAUAUUAGACAAAAGGGUGAUAAAAUUGCUGUAUGGACUUCUGAUGCGUCAAACAGUGCUGCAGUGAUGGAAAUUGGUAAAAAAUUGAAGGAUAGAUUGCACAUACCACCAAGAACGACGUUAGGUUUCCAAGUGCACCAAGAUACAAUAGAUAAGACUGGUUCUGUCUCCAAAUAUUCCUACACUGUUUAAACAGGGCGAUAUUCUAAAUUUAGCUCAGUUUUUUGUUUAUUAAUAUAUUGUAACUGUAUUUUUUGUAACUUCCUUAGUAUUGGUAAUUGAGUUCGAAUGAUUUAUUACACUAGUUUUGGAAAAUAUUUAUUGUUUUUUGUUUCUCUUGAGGACACUUUUUUGUUACAAAAAAUAAGAUAUAUUGAUGCAUUGAAUAUAUUUUAUAACAUUUACAGAUUUUAAUUACAAUCUAUAGAUCUUA